AUGGUCGGAAGAUCUUUACAGCCAGACAAGGACCCGUUCAAGCCAAAGGAAGAGGGGGAGGAAACUCUGGGACCAGAGGUUCCUUACCUGAGUGCAGUUGGAGCACUCAUGUACCUCGCAAAUUGUACACGGCCAGACAUUGCGUUCGCCGUUAGUUUGCUUGCUCGGUACAGUUCUGAACCUACCAAGAGGCAUUGGAAAGGUGUCAAGGACGUCUUCCGUUACCUGCAAGGGACCAAAGAUCUUGGCCUAUUUUAUAAAAGAAAUCAAGACCUAUUUAUUAUAGGCUAUGCCGAUGCUGGGUACCUAUCGGACCCGCAUGAUUGCAAAUCGCAGACUGGAUAUGUUUUCCUUUGUGGUGGAACUGCGUUUUCCUGGAAAUCGUCCAAGUAA